AUGAAUGAAUUUGAAAUCAAACUGUUUUGGUGGUUUAUUUUUAGUAUCAACUUAAAUAUCAAAUGCUUAACACACUUACUAGCUCCUGCUAUUUUAUCUACAAAACUGCAGCUUAAAUCUGACAUGAUUGAGUUUGUUGGUUUUCCUCAAUCGGUAUUGAAUGGUACUGAAGUAGAAAUACGGCUUCAGUGCUCUGAUGAUUCGGAUUUAACAUUUCAAGUGCAGUAUGUAAUAAGAAGUUCUCCCUGUGAUAAGGAGUUUUUUGAUGCCACUCGCCAUUCUAAAGUUCAAGAUUUAUUGAGUUUUUAUUUUGAACGUGAGUGGGAAAUACCACCGGAAUAUAAUUAUGACAAUAUUUUGUUUUAUAAAUCGCAAGUGCAGCAAUUUAAUUGUCGCGAAUCACAUGGUAUAGUACUUGUGGAAGAUGAACGUCCACGUCGACCUCUGCAACUACAUAAUGUCAAGCAAGUAAAAAUUGACGCAUUUUGCAAUGCAUCUGAUGCUGAACUGGAUUCGGAAAUAUUUAAUCAACAUUUGCAAAAAGCAGAGACUAGAGUUAAACGUGAAUUUGCUGGUUUAAAUGAUGACUCAUUAGAUGGUGGUGCGAAAAAAACUCUGAGUUCUUGGCAUCCAAUACAAAAACUUCCGGCAGAUGGUAUAUACUUUUUGGUAAUUAAAUUAAAAAUUGUGAAAUAUAAUUCCCAGGAGAAAAAUAUGAAAGUGCCAUCUGUUCAUAAUUUAACCGUUGACGUGCAGUGGCGUAGUCCUUACGGGUAUCUGAGUGCAAUCGAUUAUCCACUGCUCAGAUUUUAUGGUUUCAUGUGGUUUUUCUACGCGAUUUUAGCUAUAGUUUGGUUAGUUUGUUGUUUAUGUUACUGGAUGGAUAUUUUAAGGAUACAAUUUUGUAUAGGAGCUGUAAUUGUUGCGGGAAUGAUUGAGAAAGGAAUGUUUUAUUCAGAAUAUGCAACAAUGAAUGACGAAGGCAUUACUGCACAUGGUUUUAUUGAAGCUGCAGAGUUAGUAUCUUGUCUAAAACGUAGUAUGGCGCGUGUAUUGAUCAUUAUCGUAUCACUCGGCUAUGGUGUUGUAAAGCCAAGACUUGGUAGUACUCUUAAUCGGGUAAUUAGUGUAGGCAUUAUCUACUUUGUAUUCAGUGCCAUUGAAGCAUUAGCCAGAGUAAGUAAAAACCAGGUUGAAGGGCUUAAACAACGGCAGUUAACGGCUGUACCCCUAGUGAUACUUGAAGUAGUUAUUUUUUGGUGGAUUUUUUUGUCUCUCAUCAAUACUAUGCGUACUCUAAGAAUGAGAAGAAAUAUGGUAAAACAUUCCGUAUAUCGUCAUUUCACAAAUGCACUAUGUCUUUCUGCAUUAAUGAGUGUGAUAUUCAUGUGCUGGACUAGUUACGUUCAUAAAGUUCAGCAGUGUCAGAAUGACUGGAAGAAAUAUUGGUUAGAUACAGCAUUUUGGCAUAUUCAAUUUUGCUGCAUUUUGGUUGUCAUCAUGAUUUUAUGGCGUCCAUCUCGUAACAAUCAGCGAUAUGCUUUCACUCCUUUGCUUGAUGAUAGUGAAGAUGAGAAUGACGAAGAUGAACUGUUCAAUACAAAUUACUAUGCAAUGGUUGGAUUAAAUCAGCGAUCCGUUAAUGAAGGAAUUAUUAUUCAUGGCCAAGAAAGCUCUAAUACAAAACACCAUGAGUCUCAAGAGAGUGAUCGUAGAAUACAGGAAGAACUGAAAUGGAUUGAAGAUAAUAUUCCAAGUUCUCUAGUGGAUCGCAUACUGGUCGAUGACGAAGAGCACAUUGAGAAGAUCAAGCUAGAACGUUCCAAAAUGCUCUAA